AUAAAUCAAAAGGAACAGCAGCUAACUUGUGACGCGAUCUGUACUAUCGUUUUGCGGUGUAUCAGUGAGAGUAAGGUUCGUUAUUGCUUAAAAGGCACGUAUUUUUAUUAGUAUGUGUUGAUGACAUUUCACUUGCAACAAACCAUUUAAAAUAACGUUACUCAACUGUGCGCUGUCUAGCUUAGUAUCUCGCUUUGGUCGCAGUCGUUGAUGUCUUUCAUUCACACUCUCAAAGGACUUAUAGCCGAUAACCUUGGACAGAAAAUUAAUUAAGAUUGAAGCUUCACAGUCACAGUCAGUAUUGCCUUGGACAAUCACCUCGAAAGAGCAGAAACCUUUGUAAACAAACAUGGCGGAUAUAUCUGCAACGUUGGGAUGAUUACCUUAGUGAACGCAGUGCUCAUACGUCAGAGAAGAUUUACGUUGAUUUAUUGUUUUGACUGGGGAAAUUUUAGAGGAUGUCUAAAGUAGACCGUUUGAAUGCCCGUGUGUCAAAGCUCCUCACAGUGGCUGUGCAGGAGGUUUUGGAGGUGGUGAGAGAGACGGUAUCAGAGUACCAGGAGAAAACUGCUCGAACACAGAGAGAGAAUGAGAGACUCAGACGGAGGCUGCAGGAGCUGCAAGACAAGGUGACGAGAGUAAACACAGCAGCUGAGCAGCCUGUUGCUCCCCAUGUCCCUGCUAUGAAGAUUCCCACAGAGCAGCAGGAGUGGAGCUGCAGUCUGCAGCAGGAGACAGAGCUCACGCUGACUGAAGAGAAACGGGAGCUCACUGAGGAACACACAACCAGAGAGGGAGGCGAGGAUCGCAGGGGCCUGGAAUCGGAUCACCCGGCAGAGUCAGAGAUUGACUGUGAUAAACUGAUGUUGAACACACCGGAAUCUGAAGUUAUCACUGAGAUUUCUGAGACUGAUCUCUCAGUUUUCACACCUCAACCUCUCAAAAGUGACACUGAUCAUGAUUCUGUCAAUAUUUCAAACAUGCUAUCUCUAAGCACUACCAAUUUGGACAUUCAACCAUGUCUGACGUCUGAUGAAAUUAAAAUGGAGGCAGAAACACAAGAAUAUACCUCAGUACAUCAACACAGUAACCAACACCCAUUAUAUGAUUGUGACUCACAUAGUAUUACAGCCAAGAAUGAACUUACUCCCGGGCCUCCAAAAGUUAAUACGAGUUCUCAUGGACUGGUUUGCAUUCACUCAGAUUCUAUCAGUUUUGAGAAAAGUAUGAGGACUGCAUCGGAUAGAAACAAAUACAAGCAAUGUCACCAAAAUGAAGAACAAGGCUGUUGCAUCCGGUGUGGAAAGAUGUUUGGUCGGUCGGGAAUUCACAGAAUACGUCAGCGAUGUCACGCUUGUGAAAAACCUUAUUCCUGCAUACAGUGUGGGAGAUGCUUCAGUCAUGCAGGUGACUUCAAAAAACACAAGAGAGUUCACACAGGAGAGAAACCAUAUCAUUGUCCUGUGUGUGGAAAGGGUUUCAGUCAAUCAGGAUAUCUGAAAAUACAUCAGCGAUAUCACACAGGGGAGAGACCAUACUGCUGCUAUCAGUGUGGGAAAAGCUUCUGUCAGUCAAGUCACCUUAAAAAGCAUGAGAGAAUUCACAUUGUUUGCGAAAUGCGGAAAAGCCCUGCAAAACAAAAGAGUAGAAGAGAAGAUUGCUAUCUGCAAACAUACUUGGGAAUGUCUAAAAUAGAGCGUUUGAAUGCCCGUGUGUCUAAGCUCCUCACGGUGGCUGUGCAGGAGGUUUUGGAGGUGGUGAGAGAGACAGUAUCAGAGUACCAGGAGAAAACUGCUCGAACACAGAGAGAGAAUGAGAGACUCAGACGGAGGCUGCAGGAGCUGCAAGACAAGGUGACGAGAGUAAACACAGCAGCUGAGCAGCCUGCUGCUCUCCUUGUCUCUGGUGUAAAGGCUCUCAAACAGCAGCAGGAGUGGAGCUGCAGUCUGCAGCAGGAGACAGAGCUCACGCUGACUGAAGAGAAACAGGAGCUCACUGAGGAACACACAACCAGAGAGGGAGGCGAGGAUCGCAGUGGCCUGGAAUCGGAUCACCCGGCAGAGUCAGAGAUUGACUGCGAUGUGCUGGUAUCAGGACACAGCACACUGGGAACUGGGGGUGUUUCUCCAAAGACUGAUGCAGCUCUGUCAAUGUUCACAUCUCACCCGGUGAUCAGUAACACUGAAAUGGACUCAAUUCACGCUGUGAAUAUUUCCAACACACUCUCUCCAAAUUCUUCCAAAACUGAAGUCCUGCCCAUUCUAACUUCUGAUGAAAUUAAAGUUGAACCAGAUCCACUGGAAUAUAGCACAUCCCAGGAGCACACAGCCCAAAACCAUUUUUAUGAUGCAGAAUCAGGUAUAAAUAUAGUACAGACUGAGCUCUCUCAGGACCCUCAUCAAGUUAACACAGAGUCAUAUGGACUUGUGUACAUUAAUUCAGAUCAUAACAUGUUUGAGGAAAGAUUUACAUUUGAAAAAAAUAUUAGAUCACUGUUGGAUAGUAGAAAACAUAAGCAAUAUCACAGUAAUGAUGACCACUGUAUCCUGGGCGGGAAGACCUUCAGUGGUGUAGGGAAUCUGAGAAUACAUCAGCGAUGUCACACAGGUGAAAAACCUUACUGCUGCAUGCAGUGUGGGAGACGCUUCAGUCAUGCAGGUGACUUCAAGAAGCACAAGAGAGUUCACACAGGAGAGAAACCGUACCGUUGCGCAGUGUGUGGAAAGGGUUUCAGUCAGUCAGGAUAUCUGAAAAUACAUCAGCGAUAUCACACAGGGGAGAGACCAUACUCCUGCAGCCAGUGUGGAAAGAGCUUCAGUCAUUCAAGUAACCUCAAAAAACACCAGCAAAUUCACAUUGGUCAGACACCAUAGUGUUGUUUUGUUGCAUAGGAGUAUGUUUGUCCAUAGACUAAAAAUACUAAUGCAUUAUAGAGUUUGAGAACAGGGGACCUUAUUAUCGUUAUGUUAAAAGCAGGCAGUCACAGAAUGCUGUCCCUGUAGUGUGAUGUUACUGAUUUGUUGACAUUUAGUUCAUAAAUUACUUUUCCUGGUAUGUUUUGUGCAAGAAAGCCUAUUCCUAUUGUAUUAUUGUGGAAAUUAUUUUGAUGGUCAGUUUGUGUUCAUCUGUUUAUUUCCUAGAGAUGUAUG